AUGGCGGACUCUGAGCUGCAGCUGAUCGCGCGGCGGAUCCGUAGCUUCCCGGACUUCCCCAAGCCGGGCGUGCUGUUCAGGGAUAUCUCGCCGCUCUUGAAGGACCCCGACUCCUUUCGCGCUUCCAUCAGCCUCCUGGCCAGACACCUGAAGAAGACCCACGGCAGCAAGAUCGACUACAUCGCAGGUGUGGACUCCCGGGGUUUCCUGUUUGGCCCCUCCCUAGCCCAGGAGCUUGGUCUGGGAUGUGUGCUUAUCCGGAAGCGCGGCAAGCUGCCAGGCCCCACAGUACACGCCUCGUACACACUGGAGUACGGCAAGGCAGAGCUGGAGAUCCAGAGGGAUGCCCUGGAGCCAGGCCAGAGGGUGGUCGUGGUGGACGAUCUGCUGGCCACUGGUGGAACCAUGCGGGCUGCCUGUGAGCUGCUAGGCCAAGUGCAGGCUCAGGUGCUGGAGUGCAUCAGCCUGGUGGAACUGACCUCACUGAAGGGGCGGGAGACGCUGGGGACGGUGCCCUUCUUCUCCCUCCUCCAGUAUGAAUGA